GGGUGCUCACGGGCUCCUGAGCGCAGCGGAAUUCAGAACUGCGGGGCGAGGCUGCCGCCCAGUGUUGAUGUCACACAGCUCGGCCCAAUGAGCACAGACGCCAAGCUGGCCAGUGGCUGUCCAUUCUGCUGCUCCGGGGGUGCCGUGAGCUCUCCAAAUGGACACCUUAGCCGCUCCCCCGAGGACAGAAUUUCCUUUCUCGAGUGGAAGGCGUGAGGAAUUCCCGAUAAGAUGUGCUGCUCCUGGAAGUUUGUUUUAAUUGUGUGCUUUCUUUCCUGCUGGCUUCCAUCCUGCAGUGGCGACCUGGACAGUAAAACUUCUGAAGUCCUCUCCGUAGCCAUGAUCAGCAUUGGCGCCGGCAUCCUGCUGGCCCUGCUCGCGCUGUUAGGUGUCAUCAGCUGUCUUUACUUCAAAGUGGCCAAGGCAUUGAAAGUUUCAAAACCACCUUUUUGUUUGGCCUUAAAAAAUCAUCCAUCCGUGGUCACCCAGGACAAGAUCACCGCGGCCCCAUCCAUCACCACCGGCUGCUACCCCAACCUCCAGUUCUGUGAGGAGUGCCCCUUGUUCACCGACUUCGACUGCCUGCCGCCAUGCUUCUGCGAUGUGAACGAGGGCCUCUGACUCAGGUGGGCACGGAUCCUUCAGGAGCCAUCUUUCCUUCUUAGUAGCAUGUUUUAUUAUUCAGGUCAAGUUUUGUAGUGUGUAUAUUAUGUACUGUGUAACGUAUUUAUGUGCUUUUGAAUAAAUGCAGUAUUGAAACAA